CGACCCGCCUGUCGACCUCACGCACCAACCUUCCCUCACUCAUGAACAAGAUCCCGAGGUACUUGAACUCCUACACCUGGGGCAGGAUCUCAUUCCCAACCCGGAGGGAGCAACCCACCCUUUCCCACUGAGAACCAUGGCUGAUGUGGAGGUGCUGAGUCUCACCCCAGAAACUUCACACUCAGAUGCAAACCGCCCCAGUAAACGCUGAAGGUCACAGCCCGAUGUCUGCAAAUAGCAGAGACUAGAUCCUAAAGCCGCCGAACUGGACUCCCUCAAAGCCUUGGCCGCAUCUAGAAACUGUGUCCACGAAAAUGAACAGAAUGGGUGACGAAGGGCAGCCUUGACAGAGGCCAAUGUUCACCGGAAACAGACUGGACUUACUCAUACUCUGGUCGUGCUGUUGCCUAUCCCAGUUGACUUUGCCGUAGAGGUCGCCAGCCAGUCGCAGAGCAAAAGUUUUUUGUUUUUUUUUUUCAUCUCAUGUGGAUGACGCCGAGUUUUUAUGUGACGUCACUGUGAAGGAGGCGGGGCCUUGCUGUUGUGGGUUUGUGGCGACUAGAAUAGAAUAGGAUAGAAAUGUAGCAGAUGUUGACUAACGAAAAGGCGACGUUCUCUUAGUUGCACACCGCUUUUGAGAGUUUUACCUGCGGACAAACUUGGCGGCCUGCUUGACUUCCAUGUCUUUACUGAAGAGUUCGAGCGCGGCCAAGCUGCUUGCUUAGCCACGUUAGCAUGCAGCGGCUAGUCGGCCCCUUGAUGAGCCGAUCUCCGCCUGCUUUUCGUACAAGUAGCCGGUUAGCAUGUGAAAGCGCACUUGUCUCAGGUUGGCUAAUGUGCAAUUGGUAUAUUUUACAUACGGCACACAUUCCGACUUGAUUCCGUUCAAGUUGAGAGAAAAGUACUUGCUGUCAUGGAUCGUCCUGGUUGGUUGUGCUAACAGGCUAACUGUAGCGUCUUUGUUAGCUUUAGCUUAGCAUUCAUCUCCAUUGUCCCCCGUUUUGUGCUUUGCUAAACUGUCAGGUUGAUUUGUGACCUUGGACGCAUCAUUACCGUCAUCUUCAUCAUGGCCGUCUGUUCAGGUGUCUACCUGCUCUUCUUUUCAGGAUGCAUUGCUGCCUCUCAGAGGAACGAAAACUUUUUUGUGUCUGGGAUUUCCAAUGUCGUUUCACUUUCAGCGUGCGGCGACUCGUCUGAGCUCUUACGAGCAUCCAGCGGCAUCAUUACGAGCCCCGGUUGGCCCUUCCAGUACCCAACGCGCCUUAACUGUAGCUGGAACAUUCGAGGCCGACCAGGAGAUACCAUCACCAUCAGCUUCCAGGAUUUUGACCUGCAGGGUUCACACCGUUGCUCGUCAGACUGGAUGUCAAUCAGCAGUUACAAGAAUUUGGAUGGACUGCGAGUGUGUGGCUCGUCCCUGCCGCCUCCUUACAUCUCAUCCCAGGACCACGUCUGGAUUCACUUCCACUCUGACGACACUCUGACAGGAAAAGGUUUCCGACUGUCCUACGUCACAGGGAAGUCUGACGUUUCCAGCUGUGACGUGGACCAGUUUCACUGCUCCAAUGGGAAGUGCAUCCCCGACUGGUGGCGUUGUAACUCCAUGGACGAGUGUGGGGAUAAUUCUGAUGAGGACCUGUGUGUGGACUCGCCGUUCUCCUUUCAGCCCUGCAGCCUGAACCAGUUUCCCUGCUUGUCCCGCUACACCCGAAUCUACACAUGUCUGCCCCACAGCCUGCGCUGUGACGGCAGCAUCGACUGUCAGGAUCUGGGAGAUGAGAUUGACUGUGACGUCCCAACCUGUGGAGACUGGUUGAGGAAUUUUUACGGCUCCUUCAGCUCUCCAAACUAUCCUGACUUCUACCCUCCAGGGAGUAACUGCACUUGGCUGAUUGACACUGGAGACCACAGGAAGGUCAUCCUGCGCUUCACAGACUUCAAACUAGACGGGACAGGGUACGGGGACUAUGUGAAGGUGUAUGACGGCCUCAAGGAGAAUCCUCGCCGCCUUCUCAGGGUGCUGACAGCCUUCGACUCGAGAUCGCCCGUUGUGGUGGUGUCGUCAUCCGGCCAGCUGCGAGUCCACUUCUAUGCCGACAAGAUCAAUGCCGCCCGAGGCUUCAAUGUCACCUACCAGGUGGAUGGCUUCUGCCUGCCCUGGGAGGUUCCUUGUGGGGGGAACUGGGGCUGUUACACCGAGCAGCAACGCUGUGAUGGCUACUGGCACUGUCCUAACGGCCGGGACGAACUGAACUGUUCCACAUGUCAGGAGGACGAGUUCCCCUGUUCCAGAAACGGAGCCUGUUAUCCUCGAUCAGACCGCUGUAACUACCAGAACCGCUGCCCCAACGGUUCUGAUGAGAAGAACUGCUUCUUCUGCCAGCCUGGAAACUUCCACUGCAAGAAUAACCGGUGUGUGUUCGAGUCCUGGGUGUGCGACGCCCAGGACGACUGCGGUGAUGGCAGUGACGAGGAAAGUUGUCCCGUCGUCGUUCCCACCAGGGUGAUCACGGCUGCAGUCAUCGGCAGCCUCGUCUGUGGCCUCCUGCUGGUCAUCGCCCUCGGGUGCACGUGUAAACUCUACUCGCUGCGCAUGUUUGAACGCAGGUCUUUCGAGACCCAGCUGUCCAGAGUUGAGGCGGAGCUGCUGAGGAGAGAAGCCCCGCCCUCAUAUGGCCAACUGAUAGCUCAGGGUUUGAUCCCACCUGUGGAGGAUUUCCCAGUGUGCUCUGGCAGCCAGGCGUCCGUUCUGGAAAACCUGCGUCUGGCAGUCCGGUCUCAGCUUGGCUUCACCACUUUGCGCCUCCCUUCUGCCGGUCGUCAUAGCAACCUGUGGCGCAGCCUCUUCAACUUUUCUCGUUCUCGGCAGUCGGCAUCUUUGGCUCUGGUCUCUGCUGACCUGGAGGACAGUGCUGGAACUGGAAGUUCUGGAUCAGACCUGCUGUCCCCAGACUCUGAUGACACUGAUACUGAGAGUGAGAGGGGGAGGGAGCGUUCCAUUGGUGCGGUGGGUGGGCCUGUUGCCCCGCUUCCCCAGAAGACCCCGCCUUCUAGUUCAGUAUCUAUGAUGGCCUCCACGGCCCCCAUAAACCUACCACCCACUCCCAGCCAAGUCCAAAACAAUCCUAGAGAGGCUCCACCCCCUGCCAGCCCUGUCACCAUGGUAACCGCCAAUCCAGACAUUGUAUGUCACAAUGACUUCUCUGAGCUCCAAGCCCCACCCACUUCCACCCUGCAGCGUCUGGCCCAGAGCCUGCACCGACUCACCAGGAACCUGAUGAGAACCAGUCAGAACCACACUUGGACCAAUCGCAGUCCGCUGCACCAACUGGACACAGGGAGGGCCAGAACAGAGUCCAUGGAGCGGCGAGGCAGCGGAGAGGAAGAGGAGGACGUGGAGCUUCUGAUCCCAGAUUCGGACUCAUCUUUGUUGUUCAGUGACAUUCGACAACCACUGUUAGAGCCACCGCCCUCCUCCAACACAGCUUACGUGUUGCGCCAGCACCGUGGGAACAGCACACAAGCAGGGUGGGAUGGCCCGUGCGAACACUGUGGAAAGGUUCACACCGCUCGGAUCCCCGAUGCAUGUCUGGAGGUGGGAGGCAAGAUGGAGAGCAGCGAUGACGAGCUACUGCAGCUGUGCUAACAAGUUAAAGGCUAAGCUGUUGGCUAACAUGCCAAGAGGUACUGCUGUAGCUGCUAACUGAUUAGCAUGUUAGCUUGUGUUCUGUCUAGACGAGGGCUUUACAGAGUGUGAUGCAGCAGACUGAGAAAACUACAUAAGCAAUAUAUUUUUUAAAGUUGCUAAGCUACCUUCAUCUAAGGCAAAGUUAGACUAAAAAAACAGAGGCCCCAGGAAAUGACUUAGCUGUUGUGUGCUCACUGUGUCACACUUUGAAACUCCCCUGAUCUAGACCAUAGUGUGGAUCUUUGGAACCCUGUUUGGUGUUUAGUCACUCGCACUGCAUUCUCCCAGGUCUCGUGUUCAUCCACUCCCCCACUAAAAAAAGUGUCCUAACCCCUGGCUUUAGAACUGAUCCAGGACCAGGGCCCUUGGGAGUUCCUUACAGCAAGAACCAAAAGUGGUUAUUUUGCAAAUUCUACAUUUCUGUUAGACAUGUGCUCACCAUUGUGGUCUCUGGUUCUAAAGGGGAAAAGUGGGGAAAUAUCUCCAGCCCUAUGAGUUCCCAAAUGUUAGUGGACUUCUCGGCUUGAUCUUGGUUGUGAGAAGGACUGCUCAGUCCUUGAUGUCAUUUUCCAUCUUCCUGAAGCCAUGGAACUGACCUGCCAGUGUUUUUGUGUUGCUGUCUUUUGGUACCUGAACUAUUUAUUCUUCUCUUCAUUGUUGUGUUCUCUGACCUGCAUGAUUGUUUGCUGGUUUUCUUUUUGUUUGGACAUUUCAGAUGGAAAGAUUAAAGUUUCAAAUGUAUUUUCA